UCCAGGACCCUGAGAUCAUGACCUGAGCCGAAGGCAGACACUCAACCAACUGAGCCACCCAGAUGCCCCAUGAUAAAUACAUCUUAAAAAAAAAAAAAAAAAAAAAGUCUGAGGGAGCAAGUGUAGAUAGAUAAAUUGGAAAGGUAGAGAAGGGCUUCUGGAAGCAAAGCUUAGCAAUAAACAGCUUUGAGGCAUUCAUUUCAUUCAAAUCGAGAACUGUUUCAAGUUAGGUAUAUUCGCUCAUUUCAUACAGCCACCACAUGAAGAAGGAGGUACUCCUCCCAACUCCAUUUUACAAAUUAGGACACUUGAGGGUCUCGGCAGUUACACAGUUUUCCAUGUCACACAACUCAAACAUGCCAGCUUGGGCUUUUGAAGCUGGGUAGUCUAACUGCAGAUCCAAGUUCUGAAUGACUCCACACAGAUUGGGGAAGAAUUCCGUGACUGCCUGGUGACCCGCUGCACAUAAAGACUACGAUGGCCCCUUUUCCCCUUCUGCCUCGCCUCAUCGCACUUUCCAGAGAGAAAGUCCGCUAAUAGACAUCUAAACCAAUCAGCACUCAGGAAGGGGGUGGGCCCCAGUGGGCCUCACAGCCAAUUGGUGGAUGGGAGGUGUCUAAGGACAAAUGAGAGAUGUUUCUGACAGUAAGGCUGGAAUGGGUGGGACUAUAACCGGCACCCGGUGCCUCGUGCCUGGCAGGAGCCGGAAGUCCUGGGAGCAGGAAGCUAGAGGGAGUGGGAGGGCACACGCAUGCGUGUUGUACUCAGGAGGCCCAGCGUGAGGCUCCGAAGAGACCCCAGUACGUCGUGAGCUAGGGUUACCGCGGAAAAGAAGCCACUGCACCCCACAGCCACGUGGGGGUAGGUGGGGGGCAGGGUUCGUUGGUCCAGGAGAAAGACACAAUGGACCCCCGGGGGCCAGCCCCCCAGCCUUUCCAGCGGCCUGAGAAACCUGGUCGUGUGUGCCGUCGGAAGACCAGGCGGGAGCGCAAUGAGGCCCUGAUGGGCAACCGCCGGCCAUUGACCCGUCUGGAUCCUCCUGUGGCCAGUCAGGAUCUCUCUGUGGCCCCUACCGCUCCCAAGCUUGUGGUCAUAACCCAGGGCCGGCUGAGCCGGGAGCACCGGGGUCUCUUCAGCCAUGAAGUGAAAUCUCUGGACGUGGCACGGCUGCUUAGCUGUGAAUCCCUGGAGUCAGGCACCCCUUCAUUCUCCACCAAACCCUCCCCAAGCCCAAGCCAGGCCCAAGAACCGGCCCUGCAGUCAAGGGGCAAGGAGAACCAGGUUCCUAGAGGCUCGGGCCCAGGCCCACCCAGUCCCCCAGAGAUCCCUGGCUUGGGACAGCUGCUGGAGGAGCUGCAGUGCCAGCUGAUUCUGCCACAGGCCUUCCCCAGGAGGAACCUAGUGCAAGAAGCCAGGGAUGCCAUCGUGGGCACCUUACAGUCCUGCCAUGGCUGUGUGCCUGACCUCACCCUGGUGCUCCAUGACUUCCAGCCAUCCUUACCAGGGACCAAGCCUGGAGGCCCUGAAAGCCAAAGGAUGACACCCUCCUGGAUCAGCAGCCCUGAGCAGGCCCUAGGGGAGGGGAGGCAGAGGAGGCAACGGAGGACAAAGGAGCUUACCUUUGCUAUUUCUCACACCUCCAGCACUCCCAUGGUGCACAGGGUGAGCCUGGCACCGCCAAAAUGUCCCUGGCAACCACCCUUGCCCUUGUUGCCUUCACCAUCCGGGGCAGCCUGGGGCCCCCCAACAGCCUUUGACCUGCUGAAAAGCAUCUGGCUCGUAGCCACACCGCCCCCUCCCCGGCCCUGGGGGGUCCAACCCCUGCUUCAGCCACCAUCACCCUUGUUGCCUGGAACCUCUGCCCUGGACUGGAGCCCCAGCCCUCCUGCCCCACUGCCCAGCCUCUCCUGGGUAGUGGCCCAGAGCAGCCCAGAGGCCUGGUCCUUUCCACCCAUGAGACUGUACUGAGGGGGCUGAGGCUGGGCCGGGGGUACUCCUAAUCACCUCAAUAAAGUACCUUC